AUGCCUACUUUAUCUGAAUUGUUCGGCUUCAUUCUUCUGGUGGUUGUGACCCUCACAGGAUUGGCAGGAAAUGGAUUCAUUGCUAUUGUGAACUGCAUUGACUGGUUUCGAAGCAGAAAACUAUCCCCAGCUGACAUGAUCCUGAGUUGUCUUAAUUUAUUUCCCUUCAUGAUAUUUUUGUUCUCAUCCAUCUUACUACUAACUUCUCUGUGGAGGCACAAAAAUCUUCUACGAAACACUGCAAAGGAUGUCAGCACAGAAGCUCACCUGAAUGCCAUCAAAGCUCUGGCUUCUUUCUGCAUCCUCUACGUAUCUAGCUUUUUUGUGGAAAUUUUGAAUGCUGUCCUGUCCUGGAUGGACACUGUGGACCUUUGGGUAAGAAUAUUUUUUUUUAAUGUGAUUGCUGCAUAUUCCUCUGGCCAUGCCAUUAUCCUGAUCUUCAUUAAUCCCAGACUAAAACAGGAAUCAGUAAGGAUUCUACAUCAGCUAAAAAGCUGCAUGAAGACACCAUCUUAA